AUGGCGCCACGCUGUUUCUCAGUUCUUGCCCUUCAACCAGCAGCUCCCCGGCCACCAAUCCAUCACUCCAGUGCUGCCGCCAUUCCAGAUCCACCUCCUGUUGUGGAGCAAUUUGAGCCAUCUUUCUUAGACAACGUCUUGUUGGCAGCCUUUCGCUGGACUCUGCAGCAGCAGUCGAAUGGACCGCGAUCCGAUUUGCCAGGAUUUGAGGGCAUGGUGCAAGAAUUGAUAGAUUUCCGUCAGCUCUACGGUCUCGAUGAACAGGAGCGAGUUUCUUACCAAACCUUGCUUGCACUGGCCGGGCCUGUUCCAUUUGUGUAUCGACAGCUUUUUUCUUCCGGUGACUUCUCACCUGCAGUACUGGCGUGGUUUGCAAAACAUCUUUUGCCAUUUUUAGUUGGUGAAAUGGAACUGACCGAAAGAAGCCAAGAUGACGGUCGAACUGGAGGGGUCCUUGUUCACAGAUGUCGCGUGUUGGAAGGCACCAAUUGCAAGGGCGUGUGCGCCAAGAUGUGCAAACUGCCCACCCAGCGCUUCUUUGCCGAAGAAUGGGGUGUCCCUCUUUCCAUGACACCCAAUUUUGAAACGGGGCAAUGUCAGCUGGCCUUUGGAGUGGAACCCUUGGCACUUGAGGAUGACCCAACAAUGCCGUCUGGGUGUUUGACACGCUGCCCUGUCGGUGCCACGCCUCUGGCAUCCUCGCCGCACGAAACACAGCAACGAGCCCAUGAAACUGUAGAUACCUGCUGA